AAGCUUGCCUAUAAAUAUAUAGUACUCCACACUCAAGCACACAUUUACUUGGAUGACAUAGAGGCCGUGCACAAGAAGAGACUGUAUACACACUAUGGUGUUCCGACUGUGUCUGUGUGUAGUGUUGCUGGUGGCGUGUGGAUAUGCUAACAUAUCCGGCGACUACUGUCAGGUUCUGGACAACUACGACACUUUCAAGACAUCCAUGGAUAACUUCCUGGCUUCCAGGGAUGAAACUUGUGGGAACACGGACAUGCGCAGUGAUUGUAGGAGCAUCCUGGAUGAGUUUCCCGAAGCUGAGGACGGAGUUUACCGAAUCAAACCGAACGAUGGGAAGGGUUCAUUUCUGGCCUACUGUGACAUGACUCAACAUGGCGGAGGAUGGCUGGUGUUUCAAAGGCGACUGGACGGGUCAGAAGAUUUCUAUCGAACUUGGUUUGAAUACAUGGACGGAUUUGGAAACCUCACCCGAGAAUUCUGGCUUGGAAAUGAGAAGAUACAUAGACUGACGAAACAGAAAACCUAUGAACUGAGGAUCGACCUGGUGAACAAAUCAGGAGGCCAAUUCUAUGCCGAGUACAACAGUUUCCAUCUGGGCAGCAUGUCAGAGUUCUACACUCUGUUCAUAGGGAACUACUCAGGAACAGCUGGAGAUAAGAUGCUGUAUCACAACAACUACAGAUUCAGUGCAAAGAAUCUGGAUCUGGACACAUACUCCCUGAACUGUGCUGUGGAGCGUAAAGGGGCGUGGUGGUUCAAAUCAUGCUCAACCUCACACCUGAACAAACUGUACAGUAUGGGACUUCGAUGGGAUGGUUUGUCAGGCCUAACAUCUUCCUCCAUGAAGAUCCGACCUCUCAACUAAAUGACUGCAUGUUGCGUGUCGGUCUCACCGAAUAUCAUAUUUUCAAAGAACGUGAAUGUUUCAUGUAGUUUUCAAGAAACUAUAAAAAAUAAUUAAUAAAAUUCUUCAUGCCAUA